AUGGAUCAAAAACUUGCAACCUCCCUCCCUCAUGAGGCAUCUUCUCAGUCCCGCACCUUGGCGGUAGAUUUCCAGUGGCGAAAGCUCAAGACUUUCAUCACGGACGCCAACGAAUCAAACCCAACUCCACUCUAUACUAUCGAUUGCAACAUUAUCACAAACAAUUUGACCUUCAAGACACCUCAGAACGGCCAAACAAUUGCUACUGGCUCUGUUCACGCUAUCAGCAUCAGUCCAGACUACCAGCUCCACGGUGUCGAGGGAACUCUCAAAGCCCAGAAACGACUACGUACAGUCUACACCCACAUGUCUACCACUUUCUCCGAUACAGGCGCUCCGGCCAAGAUGACAUGGACGAGUAAGAGUGGCUUCAAGACAUGGGACUUUAUCUGUGUCGACGAGAAUCAACAGCCUGUGGCUAGGUUCUCGGCCAAUAUGUGGGCAGUCAAGAAGUUUGCAAAGAUUGAGAUGCUGGGACCCAAGGCUUUCGACGAUGCUGCCCGUGAUGAGAUUGUAGUUGUUGGAUUCACGUUGUACUACUGUUGGAUUCUCCGUGUGAACAAUCCCUUCAAUCUUUUGGGGUCCGCAUUUCUCUCUAACGAGAAACCGGAAAAGGUGGACAACAUCGAGAAAGUCGAGAAGGUCCAGCCUCUUCCAGCUGAGCAGAGACAGGCAAGUUUGAUUAACUAG